ACGCCUAUCCCACUUUAUUGAACACUGAUUUAUUUACUAGAAAUUGUAUCGGUAUAAUUGGAGAUGCAUCAUUAAAAAAAUUUCUAUGAGAUCAAGGUAAAUGAUCUUAGUAGUCAAGUUGGCUGGCUUAGGUUUAAAUUUAAAGGCUUUAAAAAGCUUCUUCCUCUCUUCCGUUCUGACGACUGAAAUCUUCUUCACCGGCGAAAUCGAAAAGUUUUCCAGCAAGAAAUUGAAGAUGUUGCAGAGCAAAGUUUUCAAUAAGAAAACCAGAGGAGGAAGAAUCCAAAAGCAAGUAAGAGAGGUUUAUCUACGAGAUGACAUAUACUGUGGAGCUUUCUCUUGCAAGUCUUGUGAUUCUUCAGCUGCUCGUUUGUCUUCCUCUAAGAUAAUCGUUGUUGAUACCAACGUCGUUCUUCACCAAAUUGAUUUGUUGGAAAAUAAGGCUAUAGACACUGUUGUUGUUCUGUCUGUGGUGUUGGACGAAGUUAAGAACAGGAAUAGAUCGGUUUACAAUAGAAUCAGACUUCUCUGCAGCAAUCCAGCGAGACAAUUCUAUGUUUUCUCCAAUCAUGUCCACAAGGAUACUUAUGUGCAAGCCAUGGAGAAAGAGAGUGCAAAUGACCACAACGAUAGAGCUAUUCGCGUCGCUACUCUAUGGUACCAGAAGCAUCUAGGGGAUACAUCUCAGGUGUUGCUUGUAACUAAUGAUAGGGAAAAUAAACGGAAGGCCACUGAAGAGGGAAUAUCUGCGGAGACAAUUGAGGCUUAUGUUAAAUCACUUGGACAACCUGAAUUGCUGGAUCUGCUUGCCCAACCAACCAAUGAAGACAUAACUAUGGAAGAUGCAGAUGAUUCUAGACCUUCGAAGAGGAAACUUAUAUACCAAGAGCAUAAGCCCAUGUCUGAGAUUACUGCUGGCUUACACCGUGGAAUAUAUCAUCAAGGAAAACUCCGGGUCAAUCGUUUCAAUCCUUACGAAGCUUAUGUUGGAAGCGAGAGCAUUGGUGAAGAGAUAAUUAUCUAUGGGCGCAGCAACAUGAACAGGGCUUUUGAUGGUGAUAUUGUUGCAGUCGAACUCUUGCCUCGGGAUCAAUGGCAAGAUGAGAAGGCAUUAUCUAUAGCUGAAGAAGAUGAUGAAGAGGAUGAUACUGUUCAUUUGGCUCCCGACAAUGUUGAUGAUGCUCCUAGAACCUCAAAUUUAUCCCAUGAAACUUCUGGGGAUAAAAAUGCAGCCCCUGUUCGUCCAUCAGGCCGUGUAGUCGGUGUUAUCCGUAGAAAUUGGCACUCCUAUUGUGGAUCUCUUGAACCGAUGUCACUACCUGCUGGUAGUGGUGGAACGGCACAUGCUUUAUUUGUCUCUAAAGAUCGCAGAAUUCCCAAGAUCCGCAUUAAUACUCGACAGCUGCAGAACCUUUUGGAUAUGAGGAUAGUAGUGGCAGUUGAUUCCUGGGACCGUCAAUCUCGAUAUCCUUCUGGUCAUUACGUACGACCAAUCGGCAAAAUAGGUGACAAGGAAACUGAAACAGAGGUAAGGGAUCAUAUUAAUUUAUUCGAUUCUAUUCUAGUAGGAGUUAGGUGGGCAAGAGUAGGAAAAGUUGUGUUGAUAGAGAAUGAUGUUGACUACUCGCCGUUCUCUUCUCAAGUUCUGGCAUGCUUGCCACCCUUACCUUGGUCUGUAUCCUCUGAAGACGUAUCCAAUCCUGUUAGGCAAGACUUACGACAUUUGCUUGUCUUUAGUGUGGACCCUCCGGGUUGCAAGGAUAUUGAUGAUGCAUUGCACUGUACAUCGCUUCCAAACGGGAACUUUGAACUUGGAGUCCGUAUCCUAGAGUCCUCAGAUUCUCAUAAAUAUGACUACAUUGCUGAUGUAACGAAUUUUGUUCACCCUGGUACUCCUUUGGAUGAUGAGGCAUCAAAAAGAGGCACAUCUGUCUACCUUGUUGAGCGCCGUAUUGACAUGCUUCCCAAACCUUUAACUGAAGAUAUUUGCUCUCUUAGAGCUGAUGUGGAAAGGCUUGCAUUCUCGGUUAUUUGGGAAAUGAGCCCUGACGCUGAGAUUAUCUCAACGAGAUUCACAAAGAGUAUUAUCAAGUCUUCUGCAGCAUUGUCCUAUAUUGAAGCUCAGGCUCGGAUGGAUGACAGCCGAUUGACAGACUCCCUGACUACAGAUCUGAGGAAUAUGAAUACCUUGGCAAAGAUAAUGAGGCAAAGGCGUAUCGAUAGGGGAGCCUUAACUCUUGCUUCUGCGGAAGUCAAAUUUGAUAUUGAUCCGGAGAAUCAUGAUCCUCUUAACAUUGGUAUGUAUCAGAUUCUCGAAGCAAACCAAAUGGUUGAGGAAUUCAUGCUUGCUGCAAAUGUUUCCGUCGCUGGACAGAUCCUGAAACUAUUCCCUUCUUGUUCACUAUUAAGGCGUCAUCCUACUCCAACAAGAGAAAUGCUUGAACCACUACUGCGUACUGCUGCAGCUAUUGGGCUUACCUUAGAUGUCUCUUCAUCUAAAGCUUUGGCUGAUUCACUGGACCGAGCUGUGGGUGAGGAUCCAUAUUUCAACAAGUUGAUCAGGAUAUUGGCAACUAGGUGCAUGACGCAGGCUGUGUACUUCUGUAGUGGGGAUCUCAGUCCUCCCGAAUAUCAUCAUUAUGGGCUUGCAGCACCCCUGUAUACUCAUUUUACAUCCCCUAUCCGUAGAUAUGCCGAUGUCUUUGUGCACAGGUUACUUGCUGCGUCAUUAGGAAUAUACAAGCUUCCAACGGUGUUCCAAGACAGACCUCAACUUACUAGUGUUGCUGAUAAUUUGAACUAUCGACAUAGGAAUGCCCAGAUGGCAGGUCGAGCUUCAGUAGAGCUGUACGUUCUCAUUUACUUCAGAACCCGACCCACAGAUGAAGAGGCGAGAGUUGUGAAGAUAAGAUCCAAUGGUUUUAUAGUAUUUGUCCCCAAGUAUGGAAUCGAAGGCCCUGUUUAUUUAACAGGAAAGGGAGAGAAAGGAGCUGGUGAUUGGUAUGUUGAUGAGGAGAAGCAAAAGAUUGUUAAGAUGGAUGGAAGUUUAUCUUACAGUGUCUUGCAAACAGUGAAGAUCCACAUGGAGGUAGUAGAGCCUCAGCCUAACCGACCGAAACUCCAACUCACUCUCUUGUAAAACUCUUAAACCUUGUAGUUUCACUUUCCCUUGUGUGGCACGGACCGAUUGUCAACA